AUAUCUUGUAAUUCAUUAUUUAUCCUCUUUUUGGGGGCUUUUAGUAUUGGCUCGUCUCUUUGGUAAAUUGUUGUAGAAUAGAUUGAUAAUGCACUAGUUUGGAUGGCAAAUAUUUGAUUACACACGUUUUCGUAGAGGCAUGAUUCAUGAAUUUCGUCAUCGUCGUCUCUCCCUGUAUUUCCUCUUUAAUCUCGUAAGUUUUGGCGGUGCGGUUUGCGGUUUUACUUCGUAAAUGCGUAGAUGUACAUAUGCAAUUUAUUUACGUUUUUUAGAUAAUUACAUAUUACGCAAAAAGUUAUAUUUGUUUUUGAUAAAGUUACGCAAUUCGCAAACUUAUUUACAGUGAAUCAACGCUAGUUUUGAAGUGACACAACAUAUAUUUUUUUAAUUGUCACUCUUUAUUCCAAUUCGAUUAAAUGAAUACUAGUUGGCUCGUGAUAAAUUAUUGUAUUUUUCAAUGCCGUUGUAAAAUUUUUCAACACAGUUUUUGUUUAUCUUACGUAAAUAGAAAUUGCUCAACGAAAUAAUAUGGUGUGUGAUAGUAGUACCCCACUCUAAAAUAUGAAUAUAUUUCAUACUCUUAAAAGUAUGUCAUGUGAAUAUGUAUUUAAAUUUUUUGCGUAUUUUUAAAACGGUCAAUUGACAUGUUCGAAACAGUAAUUUAAUCACAUGAGAAAUAUGUGGUAGUAAUAAUAUCGUAUUCCUUAUUAAUAAAAAUUUUGCUUGGCUCGAAAAUCGAAUAAUUCACAUAGAACUAAUAUAAUAAGUAAUUCGCGGUACUUGACUAUGUCGAACAAGAUACAGCGGUGUGAAGAUGUCAGGGCCGAUUUCUCAACUGUUUCAAGGCCUUAUUGGGUAAAUACACCAUUGGCAUUGUGUGAUUGCAACUCGAUUGUCGAUGGCACCAAGGAACAAGGAAAAUUCUGCAAUGGCAAAUAAGAAGAGACCAGUGUCAGAGGAAGAAGAUGACGAAGAUUAUAGAAGACGUCGUGACAGAAAUAAUCAGGCUGUCAAGCGUUCCAGAGUUAAAAGUAAGCUACGUACUCAGCAGACCUUAGAACGUGUAAAUCAGUUGAAAACAGAGAAUGAAUUGUUAGAAGAAAAAAUUAAGAUGCUCACGAAAGAAUUAGGAUUUUUGAAAGAUCUGUUCCUAGCACAUGCUGGUUCAAAUCAGCAUCCGAUAAAUUUACAAGACCUCGAUUUAAAUGCUCUACUGGCUGAUGAUACAAAGCCUGGAGAUUUGAAAGGCUCGAAACUGUAGACCAUAGAGACACCACGUAAAGGAAAUGACGUGGGCAUGAUCGAACUUCAUGGAAUCAAGAGAACUGUACUUUUACCUCCUUAAUUCCAGCCGCGGGUCGGGCAUCUUGGAAAGAUGCCAACUUCGUCUCCACCUUCCGACCAUGAAACGCGAAAUGGGACUUCGGAGUCAUUUGGAUUUUGCGGUAGCAGCCAUUACGUGAAUAUUCAGAUAACGCGAGCGAAAUUCGUCAAGAAGAUUUCAUCUCGCGUUAAGAAUUUCGCGGUUAACUCGCUCCUCAUUCAAGAACUUUAUGAUUACAAAGUUUCUCUUAAACUAUAAAAAUUAUCUUUUUUACUUACUUUUGUAGCCUCUUUCCAUAUUUUAACAGUCUCUUCAAUUUAAAUUAUUCUUAAAAAUGGAGUCAUUUAGCCGAUGUUGAAGAUGAAAUUUCAAAAAAUAACCUCCGCGGUUUCUUCGUCUCCUUAUUACACAGCCUUAGUCAAAAAAUUGACAUGUUUAUAGUCGCGCCUAACUGACUAUAGAUUUAUCAUAUUCAUCAGGUUAAAUGCAUUUAUUCUAUCUUCAAUUUAUAAUAUACAAUUAUCAUAGUUGUUCGAAUUCACUCUUCGCAUAAACAUUCAAUAUUACAACAUCAAGCGUUAUGUGUCCAUAAACAAUCAGCACCAACAUUUCCGUUCCAAGUAAUACAUUUCCCUCGACAUUUAAUUAUGCAGGUGGCUAUAAUCAAUUUCCAUUAAACUUUCAUUGUAUAUCAUGUUGUGAUACAGUGAUCAACGAAUAUUAUUUACCAACGUGAAAACCCGUUUUGCAUUUAUACUUAACAUGUAUUAGUGUAUUACUUGCCAUUCCUGAUGAUUUUUCUUCAGCCAUGAAUGUCAUGUAUUAAUAAACAAUGUAAAUAAGAAAGUGAUCAAUAUACUUGACAUGUUCUACCGUCUCUCGUA